GGACCUGAUGGCAGAGCCCGAGCCCCCUCCAGAGCUGCAGCUGGAUGAAGCCGGAGCAUCCUCAGCCCCACAGGGAGAGGCUGCGGCUGCUGCUCCACUCCCAGACCCUUCCCACAGCCCUUCAGACCCAGCGGUGGGUGUGGGGGUGACACCCCUGCAUGGGGGCACCCCAGACACCUGCCAGGAGCUGCAGACAGAGAGUGGAGAUGCUUCCUUGGAGCUAAACAUGCCAGGGCCCCAGCUGGUUGAGGAUGCAGCCAGGGCCAGGAUCCUGCUGGAUGUGGAUGUGGCAGGAGUCCCGCUGGAUGUGGAUGCAGGUGGAGAAGGGAUCCCGCUGGAUGUGGAUGCAGAUGGAGAAGGGAUCCCACUGGAUGUGGAUGUAGGUGGAGAAGGGAUCCCGCUGGUCCGGCUGGAUGUGGAUGCAGGUGGAGAAGGGAUCCCACUGGAUGUGGAUGCAGGUGGAGAAGGGAUCCCACUGGAUGUAGAUGCAGCAGGCAUCCCGCUGGACGUGGAUGCAAGUGGGACAGGGAUCCCACUGGACAUGGAUACAGACAGAGGAGGGGUCCCGCUGCAUGCGGAGGCAGGUGGGAUGGGGAUCCCAGUGGAUGUGGAUGCAGAUGGAGCAGGGAUCCCGCUGGCCAUGGACACGGGUGGGGCAGGGAUCCCAGCUGAUGGGGACACAGACGGGGCAGGGAUCCUGCAGGACAUGGACGCAGAGGGGGCAGGCAGCCCCAUGGACGCGGCGGGCGUGGAGCAUCAGUGCCUGACCCUCGAGGAGCUGGGGGAUUACUUCCAGGAGUGCAUCGAAGCCGUCGAGCAGCUGGAGAAAGAGAGAGACAACCUGAUCACGGAGCUCUCCCAGCUCCGGGAGCCGGCGCUGCAGGAGAUCCGCCACGCCCACGAGGAGAUCCAGGCAGCCUGCCGGCUGCUGGCCAAGGUGGAGCUGGAGAGGGACAACCUGAGGGAUGAGAUCCGGCAGAUCAAGCAGAAGCUGUUCAAGGUGACGAAGGAGUGUGUGGCUUGCCAGUACCAGCUGGAGAGCCGGCGACACGACCUCUCCCAGCACGCCGCUUACCGGGGCGAGCUGGAGACCCAGGCUGGGCAGCUCUCCGGAGAACUGUCCCGGCUGAAGGAGACCUGCGAGAAGGAGAAGGAGGUUUUGAGGCAACGGCUGGAGGCUCCCCCCUGUCGGCAGGAUAACCUGUACCUGCAGGAGAGCCGCCGGCUCUCCAUGGAGUUCGAGAGCUUCGUGGCGGAGAGCCGGCGGGGGCUGGAGGAGCACUACGAGCCCCAGCUCCUGCGGCUGCUGGAGAGACGUGAGGCGGGGGCCAAGGCCCUGCAGGAGAUGCAGGGGGAGAUCCAGGGGCUGAAGGAAGCCCUGAGGCCCUUGCAGGGGGAGGUCAGCCGGCUGAGGCUGCAGAACCGGAGCCUGGAGGAGCAGAUCGUCCUGGUCAAGCAGAAGCGGGAUGAGGAGGUCGGGCAGUACCGGGAACAGGUUGAGGAGCUGGAAGACAGGCUGAAGGAGCUGAAGAACGGGGUCCAGCUCCAGCAGCGCAAGAAUCAGGAACUGGAGGAGCUGAGGACCAGCCUCCACAGGGAGCUCUCCAUCUACAAGUCAGUUUGUGUCCCAUCCCUGUGGUGCAGAGGGGCUGGGGAGGGGCUGGGAGGAGGAGGAUGGUGA